GGUUGGCACCAGUUGACACCAGAAAGCUGUCAAAAUCAUUUCUAUUUGACGGUUCUCUAUUGGAAAAUAAUCAAAAAUUUGUGAUUUUUUACAAAAAUUGGAAUUGAAAGUGAAUAAAAAUGUCGGUAGCAAAGAUAUUUUCCGUGUCGGCUCGAGUAAGACCAUUUGGAUCAUCUGGUAUGCUAGUCCGCUAUGCCAGUUCUAGUCAAGAAGGGAAAGUCUCCAAAGUGUAUCCACCAACUUCCCCUGGCUACAAAUAUGUUAAUGCCGAGGACCCAGACAUGAGUAUGAAGGAAAUGACAAAUAGGGUUGCCCAGACACUGUUCUGGACUGAACUUGCAAGAGGUUUUGCUGUGACUUUAGCCCACAUUUUCAAGGAGCCAGCAACUAUCAACUAUCCGUUUGAGAAAGGGCCUCUGUCACCAAGGUUCAGAGGAGAACACGCAUUGCGUCGCUAUCCAUCAGGGGAGGAAAGAUGUAUUGCUUGCAAAUUAUGCGAAGCCAUAUGCCCUGCUCAGGCAAUCACAAUCGAAGCUGAAGAGCGUAAAGAUGGCUCCCGGCGCACAACGCGGUAUGAUAUUGACAUGACGAAAUGUAUCUACUGCGGAUUCUGUCAGGAAGCAUGCCCAGUAGAUGCCAUCGUCGAAGGCCCCAACUUCGAGUUCUCGACAGAAACUCACGAGGAGCUCCUCUACAACAAGGAGAAGCUACUCUCUAACGGAGACAAGUGGGAGAGUGAGAUCGCAUCCAACAUCAGGGCCGACCACUUGUACCGCUAAACUUGUACUGCAUUAGUGUAAAUAAAUAUAGGCCCAAUUUUGCUAUGACCUAAAAUCGAUAGCUCAUUGCAAAAUUGGAACUAAAUUAGGAUUAUUAAUUUAUGUGAUAAAUAAAUAAAUAUGAUCGUCUCUA